AGAGAGAGAGGCAGAGGAGAGUGAGCAGAACCAGUGUGAGUGAAACCAGAAUCAGCCUCGCGGAGGAGGAAAAAAGGUGAGGACAAAGGAGAUAACAUGGACGGGAAAGGAAUAUUUCCGUUUAACGAGGCAGCGGAGAGGAGAUUCUGGUCGUCUUGCACAUAGUUGAAGUCAAACGGAAGACCCUUCCCCGUUUUUGUUCAUGCCGUGCCUGGAGAACUCACACGGCAAGCUCGAAAGGCGGAAAACAGUUUUCAAUCCGUCCGCAGAUUGUGCGAGCUUGCCAUGGCUGUAGCAGGGCGAUGUGGAAGCAUAAAGGAUAACGUACCUCUUUGUUUUUAUUUCAUCGGUCUUUUUGUACUCAGUGGCCUUACAAAUGCACAAAUUCGCUACACCAUUCCAGAGGAGCUGGAGACUGGGGCUGUCGUUGGGGAUAUCGUUCGAGAUCUGGGGCUCGACCUGAGAAAGCUAUCGGCUCGCCGGAUCCGAAUAAGCUCGGAUAACGCGAGGCGGUACUUCAGUAUCAACCACAAAACCGGUAAGCUUUUUGUUAGUGACAGGAUCGACCGCGAGACGCUCUGUGAGUUCAGCGGCACCUGCGUUCUUAGCCUCGAGGUGAUUGUAGAAAACCCACUCGAGCAACACAACGUGGAGGUUGAAAUUUUGGACGUGAACGACAACGCGCCGCUUUUCCCCAGAGAUGAAUAUCAACUGGAGGUAUCCGAGGCGGCUCAGCCAGGCGCGCGGUUCCCCAUCGAAGGCGCGCAGGACUCCGACGACGUCUCAAAUUCCAUUCGCCAUUAUCGCCUCUCGCCCAACGAGCACCUUGCACUGGACUCAAACAAACCACCUGCUAAUGGGAAGCACAUCGAGCUCAUUUUAAAAAAACCGUUCGACCGGGAGCUGGUCCCAUCCCAUCAGCUUGUUCUCACGGCGACCGAUGGCGGCUCUCCCCCGCGCACUGGCACAGCUAAAAUCAACGUGCGUGUUUUGGACACAAAUGACAACGUGCCAAAGUUCGACAGCUCCGUAUACAAAGUGAAGCUGCGGGAGAAUUCUCCCCUUGGCGCGCUGGUGAUAAAACUGAACGCCACCGAUCGGGAUGAAGGCACAAAUGGAGAAGUUUAUUACUCUUUCAGUUCAUACACGCCGGAAAGGGUUCGGCAGAUGUUUAGCUUGGACACGGACACGGGUGAAAUUCGUGUCAGGAGCAAUGUGGAUUACGAGGAGACAAACAGCUAUGAAAUGUACAUCCAGGCUAUGGACCGGGGCCAUGGGGCAGUAGCUGUGCACUGUAAGGUUGUGGUGGAGGUGCUGGACGUAAAUGACAACCCUCCUGAGAUUGUGCUGUCCACUCUGUCCAGUCCAGUGAGGGAGGAUGCUCGAGCAGAUGCUGUGGUGGCCCUGAUCAGUGUCAAUGACCGUGAUUCUGGCCAAAACAAACAUGUCACCUUAGACAUCAUCCCUCCCAACCUCCCCUUUAAAAUCAAAUCAUUCCGUAACCAUUACACUAUAGUCACCUCUGCCUUCCUGGACAGGGAGAUGGUGUCAUCCUAUAAUGUCACAGUUACUGCAGUUGACGGUGGAACGCCGCCUCUGUCCUCUUCAAUGACCGUACGUGUGGAUGUGGCGGAUGUGAACGACAAUCCGCCUCGUUUCGAGCAGACGUCGUACACUGUUUACGUCACGGAGAACAACACUCCGAGUGCUGCCUUGUGUGUUGUCAAGGCCACAGAUCCCGAUGCCAACGAGAACGCACGCAUCACCUACACCGUCCUCAGUGACAACAACCACGGCAUCUCGGUGGGCUCAUACGUGUCGGUCAAACCUGCCACAGGCGAGGUAUAUGCGUUGCGCUCUUUCGACUUCGAGAAGCUGCGCGAGUUUCACUUCCAGGUCAAAGCUCAAGACAACGGCGUGCCGCCUCUGAGCCGGGUGGCAACGGUCUAUGUUUACAUCAUGGACGCCAAUGACCAUGCGCCUCGGUUCGUUCACCCUGUGGCAAAUGUGACUCACGUGACGGAGACCGUCCUACGGAACGCGGAGGCAGACACGCUAGUGACGCGUGUCCUGGCGUGGGACGGAGACGCAGGACAGAACGCCUGGUUGCUCUACGCGCUCGAUCACCCACCCGAGCUCGACCUGUUCAAGGUACACGAGCACACGGGUGAGAUCCGCACCACGCGCCGCGUGACCGAGGACAACUCCACCGUCGUCAGCCUCACGGUGCACGUGAGGGACCGUGGGUCGCCUCCUCGUUCCACCUCCGCUGUCAUUAACGUGGCCGUCAUGGAACUCCCACCGAAGGUGACCCCUGACCCCAAGCGCAUCAUCAGGCCCCACGGCACCCUCAUCUUCUCCAACGUCACGCUGUACCUCAUCGUCGCGCUUACCGCAACCACCUUCGUCUUCUUGGUCACCGUCUUCGUCCUGGCCAUCGUUCGCUGCCACGCCUACUGUAGCCAGCCGGAUGCGUGCUCCUGCUCGCCCUGCUGUGGCUCCAAGGAGAAGAAACCACCCAAAGAGGGUGGAGGGGGUGGAGGAGGUGGGGCCUCAGGUGGAGGUGGAGGUGGAGGAAGCUCUGGGGGCGGAAACCAGCAGCAGCAGCAGCAGCAGCAGCAGGCCGUAGCCCUGCGGCGGGACCUUAAAGUAGAACCUCACUAUAUCGAGGUCCGAGGGAACGGCUCUCUGACCAAAACCUACUGCUACAAGACCUGCCUGACCGCCACUUCAGGAAGUGACACGUUCAUGUUCUACAACAUGGGCCGCCCGCUGAGCGGGACCUGGGGCUCGGGGGCCGAUCGGUUCUUCACAAGCCAGAGUGGCCAGUUUGUACGCAGGCUGAGUAUGCCAGAUGCCACUGCCAUACAGCCCAAGGCCCCCAGUAGCGACUGGAGAUACUCUGCUUCGCUCAGAGCAGGAAUGCAAAGCUCAGUCCACAUGGAGGAAUCAUCUGUGAUGCAGGGAGCUCAAGGGGUUCUGGUGCAGAACUGGCCAACCGUUUCCAGUGCUGCAGAAAAUGAGGGUGGCGAGGUAUCUCCACCCGUAGGUGCUGGCGUGGACAGUAACAGUUGGCAUUUUCGGUAUGGCCCGGGGGGACCUGCACCUCAGCAUCUGAAACCUGGUGAGAUCCCACCUGAAGCCUUCAUCAUCCCUGGUUCUCCCGCCAUCAUCUCCAUCAGACAGGGCCAAGACAGCGAUGACAGGAAGGAUGAGGCCAAGAAGAAGAAGAAGAAGAAGAAGGAGAAGAAAGACAAGCGGGAGAAAGGGAAGGAUGAUGAUGAGUAGGGACAUGGAAGAAGAGUUUUCAAAGAUAUGUUCUUAAUAAGACAGAGAUCUCAACAGGUGUCUGCGUGAUGGAAAUGGCUGAUAAUAUCACUACUAGAGGAUAUUACAUCAUUUUAACCCCAUUUUUUCUCAUUUGGAGCUAAAACUAAUCAUGAUGAGUCAUGUUGCAUGAUGCCUCUAAUUAAGAUCUUUAAACUGGCUGAGAGUCUCAUUCUAUCAGAUUACUGUAAACCCUGUUCUGUUUACUGAUGUAAUUGAUGGGAUCGAUUUAUGUUCCUCUGUGCUCCACAGUGCCUCACCAACAUCUCUUCUCAAAAGAGACAGAGAAACAAACAAGGGGGGAAAGGGUAAGAUCAGGUUAUCACGUCAUCCUCCUUAUUUGUUUCAGGCUGCUGUUGACACCUCUGUCUUAUUCGUCCUCGUGGGUUUUGUUUUCCGAGCUUGUCAGAGAGCGGGACAAAAUCGGAUUUGAAAAGUUCAAAAGCAGUGUGCCACUUCUGGUGUGCUAAAGGACAGAACUCGAAAAGGGGGACAGCAUGGUUAGGGAAAAAAAAGGUUUUUGGGAGGGGGGGAAAAAGAAAAACGUUGCGAUGGGAAGCGGGACGCGUGUGCUGGUGUAAAUAUGGCGGCCCAUGGACGAGCCGCCCGCUGUUCUGUAAAGUUAAACGCAGUGACGAUGUUAAACUAAAUGCUUCUGCUUGCUUAUGUUCUCUGUCUCCGUGUCCACGAUGGAGGAGCAUCUCGGACAAAUACGGGACAUAAAGACAAACACGAAGGUCUUCAAAAAAGGGCACAGUCUGGGAGAGAGAGGAAUAGUUGUUUAUGUAUACGCAAAAAACCCCCCAAAAAAACAAACAAAAAAAAAACAUGCUGAAUUGUGAACUGCAAGCGCUUUUGUUCAUUUUGUUUAGUACUGCUUUUGUUACUAGUACUCUCUCCCUGUCAUUGUAUAAGUGCAUUAUUUCAAAAAAAGAAUUCCCCCCACCCCAACCCUACACACACACACACACACACACACACACAAACACACACACACACACACGUGCACACACACCACAUUCCAUUUUAAACAGGGUUAAAACAGUGCUCCAAUAGUGGGCAGAAGCCAGCAAAAAGGGAGCAGCAGGUACAGCCUGGGCUUAGAUAAACGUAUGCAGCUGCCUGUUACCAAGAGAGGUGUGUGUGUAUAUGGGUUUUUUUUUCCUCUGUCCUUUUCACUGUUGUGAGGGACUGAGCUCAAAGAGAUUUUCUGAUUCUAAAGGGGGAAACCGAUAGCUCAUAUGGCUUUACAAUACAUGUAAAGAACUUUACUAGAAUUGAUUAGAAAGGCUCUCCACCCUCUCAUCUCCUGAAACGUCUUACGAUGGCCUAAUUCUUAUGAUGUGAAUGUUCUGUAGCACUGACCCUACGCUAGUUUUGUUUUUUUUUUCCUUUAAACCUUGGACUUUGACCUUUAAACCUGUUUCUGUGCCUGCUUUCUCGGCCCAUCUGAGGAUGUGGUCAUGUCUUGUAUCAUGUACCCUUGCCUUUCUGCCUGCAGGGCUAACACACGCUCAGUGCAAUUAAAGGGCAGGUUUGCAUUCCUGGUUUUUGAUUUGGAAAAAAAAAAAAAGGGUGGUGUUUUUUUUUUGGUUUUUUUCUUAAGCUGUGUUUUUCUAAGCUUUAAAAUGAUCUAUAUUACAUCUGUAAAGUGCAUCUAUUGUGCUCUCCUUCUCUCUCUCUCUCUCUCUCUCUCUGGCUCUCUGCCCUGGGUUCAUCCUCUGUUCUAUCUGAGUGUUGGGUAGGCUAGCUCUAGUCAUUGUGGUAUGCGCACAUAGCAUGGAGUAAUGCUGAUAAAGCCUAUUAACCCCCCCCCACAGGGAACAGAGGUAACUCUGAGAACUCCAACAGAUACGUACACAGUCCAGAGCUUUAUCCAGUGAACAUCACUCCUCUUUUUGUCUGAGUGUGUGGAUGUGCGUGCCUGCGUGCGUGUGUGUGUCACCGAUGUUGAUGGCUGGUCUUUCACUGCUUGUGUUUGAUAUGCGGGAGGGGAGAGAAUAGAUCCAGCAUAAAGGGCAGAGUUUGGCCAGGGCAGGUCAUGAUGUGGCUGAGUAAAAAUAAUGAAUCAUAAGAUUAACUAAUGUGAAGUUUUCUUUAUUCACAUAGGCUUGAAUCAGAAAUCUGAACAGGACUGAAAUGGUUACUGGGUAAUUGCAGUACACAGUCUACCAGAUGAAGUGGACUUAUUUACUCUCCAGUCUCUGCCCUUAUGUUUUUUGGUGGAGUGGCAGUGACAUGCUUCUGCUCUGCUGCUAUUGGUUCCCUCCCCUGCCUGUCUACUCUGUAGCCACACCCCCAAACCCAUGGCUCAAUCUGACGUCACAAUCGCUCAGCUGUGACUGCUGCAUGACCUAGUCAGAAGGAAACCUACUAUAUAGAGAUAUAUAUGAAUAUAGAUAUAGAUUGCUAUGAUUUAACUAUUUUGGUUAUGAUUUUUAUCCAUUAUUCACACAAGAAAUUUGUGUAUGUACUGUCUCUGCCAUGCAUUUGCGUAUUAAAACCCUCCGCACCCACUUAAAGUGGCCAUGAUGUUACUAAACCUUCUAGUGAUUUGUAAAUGCUAUCUAGUGUGAUGCCCUGAAGCUUUUGAUCAGUCCUUUCCUUACCUUUCAGUUUUUGACUUUCAGAAACUAAGGAGAAAAAAAAUGAAGAAAAGACUUUUGUGUCUGGGUUUGACAUACUAAUCUAACACUCUAUUAUUGUAACUGAAUUAUUAUGUAUCUCUAUCUCUUCUUCACCCAUUUAAGAAAAAUGUAAAAAUAAAAAAAUAUAUAAAAAUCCUUAAAAUGUUAAAAAAAAAAAAACAAAAAAAAAACCUCUGAUAUAAAUCAGUAUAUGUAUUGUAUGCUUGUGAGAGUUCAUGCUGUUCAUUUUUUCCCUCAGUGUCUGGUGCUGGUCAGUAGGUGACUCUGCGCAGUCCGAGUGGACAGUGCUCAUCUGUUGUUAAACCUACUUUUGUACACCUGCUCAUCAAACUGUGACCGUGAAAUAGUAAAGUCCAUUUAUCUUU